UGGCUUCGCUCCAUCAGCCUCGCUUUCGCUGGGCGCUGUCCCUUUCCGCGGCGGUCUGGUUUCCCCGACGUGUUUUGUUUGCGACGCUGUCGUGUAACAGCGCGCUUUACGGCCGCGGGGACGGAGCGAGCCGGCGCCAGGGCCCCUCGGGCCGGGAAGAGGGGAAGGGGAGCGAGGUUGAUGCCCGGCGGAGGGGCGAGCGCGGCGUCUUGCCGGCUUCUCACCGCCGCGGAGCAAAGAGUGUCCCGGGAAGCGGCAGGGUCGGCGUCCAGGAGCGGCUUCGGGGGCUCCGGCGGCGGCAGAGGCGGAGCAAGCGGCCCCGGGUCCGGGAGCGGAGGCCCUGGGGGCCCCGCAGGCAGGAUGAGCUUGACCCCGAAGGAACUCUCGAGCCUGCUCAGCAUCAUAUCGGAGGAGGCGGGCGGCGGCAGCACCUUCGAGGGCCUGUCCACCGCCUUCCAUCACUACUUCAGCAAGGCCGACCACUUCCGCCUGGGUUCGGUGCUCGUCAUGCUGCUCCAGCAGCCGGACCUGCUGCCCAGCGCGGCGCAGCGUCUCACGGCGCUCUACCUGCUCUGGGAGAUGUACCGCACCGAGCCGCUGGCCGAGAAUGAUAUAAUGGACUUUGAGGACGAGACUCUGUCUCAAAAAAAAGGAAAAGCCCCGCCCGCCCGCGGCGGUCAGGAGCCCGACCGCCCUCCGCUCUCAGGAUUUUUACCUCCUAUAACUCCACCAGAAAAGUUUUUUCUUUCCCAGCUGAUGCUGGCACCCCCACGGGAACUCUUCAAAAAGACGCCUCGCCAGAUUGCGCUGAUGGACGUUGGAAACAUGGGCCAGUCUGUGGACAUUAGUGGGCUUCAGUUAGCCUUGGCCGAACGCCAAUCUGAACUGCCAACACAAAGCAAAGCGAGCUUCCCCAGUAUUCUCAGUGACCCAGACCCGGAUUCUUCUAAUUCUGGAUUUGACAGCUCAGUUGCCUCUCAGAUUACAGAAGCUUUAGUCAGCGGACCAAAGCCACCUAUUGAAAGCCAUUUUCGACCAGAGUUUAUUCGUCCACCGCCUCCACUCCACAUUUGUGAAGAUGAACUGGCCUGGCUAAACCCCACAGAGCCUGACCACGCAAUCCAAUGGGAUAAAUCAAUGUGUGUUAAGAAUAGCACUGGUGUGGAGAUCAAGCGAAUAAUGGCCAAAGCCUUCAAAAGCCCCUUAUCCUCUCCCCAACAAACGCAGCUCCUUGGUGAGUUGGAAAAAGACCCCAAACUUGUCUACCAUAUUGGCCUCACCCCAGCCAAACUUCCUGACCUUGUGGAAAACAACCCUUUAGUCGCUAUAGAAAUGUUGCUGAAAUUAAUGCAGUCAAGCCAGAUCACUGAGUAUUUCUCUGUCCUGGUCAAUAUGGACAUGUCUUUACAUUCAAUGGAAGUUGUAAAUCGACUAACUACAGCUGUUGAUCUACCUCCUGAGUUUAUUCACCUUUAUAUAUCAAAUUGCAUCUCUACUUGUGAACAAAUUAAGGAUAAAUAUAUGCAGAAUCGGUUGGUGCGUCUUGUGUGUGUGUUUCUCCAAUCCUUGAUCCGUAACAAAAUUAUUAAUGUACAGGAUUUGUUUAUAGAAGUGCAGGCAUUCUGUAUUGAAUUCAGUAGGAUACGAGAAGCUGCUGGUCUUUUCCGGUUGUUGAAGACAUUGGAUACUGGGGAAACACCUUCUGAGACCAAAAUGUCAAAAUAAUACCUCAUCAGAACCAUCCCAUCCAUUCACUGUUCAGCUGUACUGUGAUUUAGUUUUUACACCGUUAAAACCCUGAGUGGAUUGCUUGGUCUAAUGCAUAUAAACAGUACUUUAUCUACUUAAAGCAAAGUUUUGCUUUCUUGGAUGACUUUUUCCGUGAGAUGAAUUUUUGAUAAGAACUGGGGAAAACGUGUCUUUUAGGUGUCUUGCUGAUGACUAUCCAUAGGAGGAAUGGCUAUCCCAAAAAAAUAGAUGAGUUUUUUUUUUUUUAAGCACUAAAGAACAAAAUGUGUUUUUCAUUAAUACAGGCUUCUGAUGAAACAGGAAUCCAGUUUUCGUAAAGUUCCAAUGUUGAUAAUGAGAGUAAAUUCUUAAACAUUUGUGAUACUGUCCUAGAGGUGAAAGCAGCUGAAUGUUUCUGAACCAUCAAGAGGCAAACAGGAGUUUGGUUCUUGAACCUGCUUAUGCACAAAGCUCUUAACUCCUCAUGAACCAAGGAUUUACUUGUAACUUUCUCCUUGUCGUGGAGGCUUAAUAGACAACAGAAUAAAUGCAUUUCUUGGGCCUCUUAUAAACUUGGGAACGCUUAGAAAGCUGCUUCUAUUACCAGGCUGUAAUAGCUGGUAUAGUUUUUUGGUUUUUUUCCCUCUUAAGAUGUUCUGUUAUUAGUCUGAGACAGCUAUUUUUUUGUUUUAAGGAAAAACGUCAGUCAGUGCUCUGGGAGGUAAUUUCCUGUGGGGUCUGCACCCUCCUGUCUGGGUGGUGGAUGUGGGUUUGAGAAGUAGGAGAGCAGGGUGGUACCAUGUGGGCUCUUACCCUUUAUGUGAUUUUGGACAACAGUGCCUUCCAUUAAAGUUCUUUUUAUCAGCUGUUA